AUGGGUACUUACAGAAAAAGGUUUAAUGAAAAAGCCAGAUCCGGCCAUAUGGCCAAAUUAAAAGAACUGAAAAGAAUUAGGAAUAAGCAGUUCACUAGACAGGAUGAAAACGAUGAAAGAGUAGAAAACCCAGAUUCAGCUCCCGCUGAGAGUUCUACUACGGAGCCAAAUGCCAAUGCGGAAAUUCUUGAACCUCUCACUGAAGAAGAAAAGAAAAUGAAGAAAAGAAAACUACAGGAGUUAUUUACCCCAAAGGAAUCGAAAGUUUCGAGAUUGAAGAAGAAAAGACUGGAUAAAUUUAUUGAACAUCAAUUAAAAAGAGAGGAAAGAAAGACAAUUAUUGGUAAACUUCAAGAUUAUAAGAUAGAUACAAGUUUGUUGACAAGCUCUAAAAGGUUAGGAGAGGGCAGGCAGACUAAAAAGGAAGAAUUCAAAGAAGCACUGAGUUUAGAACGUCAAGGAAGAGGAAAUGAACAAACAAAUGAAAUAUUAUACGAAGAAUAUGAACCAAAAGUUUGGGAUGAGUAUGGUGAAGGAGGGAGCUCUGAGGAUGAUGACGGCGAAGAUGAUUUCGAGGCUUCAUUUGGUAGUAUGCCGAAACCAACGGACAAUGAGGAGAAGAAAUCAUCAGGUUUUAUUGAUCAUAGACCAGCAAAAUUUGGUGGAUCUGGUCUUAGCUUUGGGUUUAGCAAUAUAAAAGUCAUAAACAAAGAAAGCAAAACUCCGAAGAAGAAAUAUAAUUGGAGACAACGAGUAGAAAUGGAAGAAUUGAAGAAGCAUGGGAAAGAAGAUGAAAUGGAUUUCGACACGACAUCUGAAGAUGAUGACGAAGAGGAGGAUCAGGAAGAAGAAGACAAAAUGCAUCCUAGUGAAAACCCACUCGAAGAAGUUGAAAGCGCAGAUAGUGAAACUGGCUCAGAAAAAUUUGACCAAAAUGAUGUUGCUAACGAAUUCAAGGAUUGGGCCAAUCAAGAAAUAAAAAAAUUGGAAGGUAGAGAUCAAGAGCUAGUUACUCCCACUUUGAACAUCGAUUAUAAACCGAUAAUUAGAAAGGAAGAUUUAGAUGAUGGUCUCCAAGAAGCUUAUGUUCCAAUAAACGAGAAUUCCACCCGUAAAGCCUUCUAUGUUGAAGUUAGCAGAUCAGAUGAAAUUCAGAAAGCAAGAAUUCAACUACCAGUAUUUGGUGAAGAACACAAAAUUAUGGAGGCUAUUCACCAUAAUGAUGUAGUGAUUAUUUGUGGUGAAACGGGGUCAGGUAAGACUACACAAGUCCCACAAUUUUUAUAUGAGGCUGGGUUUGGUGCCGAAGAUUCUCCAGAUUACCCAGGAAUGGUGGGUAUCACUCAACCAAGAAGAGUGGCCGCUGUGUCCAUGGCUGAACGUGUAGCUAAUGAAUUGGGGGACCAUGGUCAUAAAGUAGGAUACCAAAUUAGGUUUGACUCUACCGCAAAGGAGGACACAAAGGUCAAGUUUAUGACAGAUGGUGUCUUGCUACGAGAAAUGAUGCACGAUUUCAAGUUGACUAAAUAUUCCUCCAUUAUCAUAGAUGAAGCACAUGAAAGAAACAUUAACACUGAUAUUUUGAUCGGUAUGCUUAGCCGUUGUGUUCGGUUAAGAGCUAAACUACAUAAGGAGAACCCGAUCGAGCACAAGAAGCUAAAACUCAUCAUCAUGUCAGCUACAUUAAGGGUAUCAGAUUUCAGCGAAAACAAAACAUUGUUCCCCAUAGCGCCCCCUGUCUUACAGGUUGAUGCAAGGCAGUUUCCAGUCUCUAUUCACUUUAAUCGUAGAACUGCAUUCAACUAUACAGACGAGGCUUUCAGAAAGACUUGCAAAAUUCACCAGAAACUUCCUCCUGGCGCUAUAUUGGUGUUUUUAACCGGUCAGCAGGAAAUUACACACAUGGUAAAAAGGCUAAGAAAGGAAUUUCCUUUUAAGAAAAACUCCAAGUACAACAAAGAUUUAGAAACACCCGUUUCUAAAAUGGGUAUCAAUUCAAAAACAACAGAUUUGGAGGCUGAGGAUAUAGACUUCAGUGUACAAGUUAUCGAUCAAGAUAAGUUCAAGAGCGCGAUAAGAUACGAAGAAGAUGAAGGUAACAGUGGAAACGGUGAAGAUGAGGAAGACGAAGAGGAAGAAGGGUUUGAAGAAGUCCUAACUGAAGGGCAAACAGCUAACGAUCCUUUAUAUGUCCUUCCACUGUAUUCUCUAUUACCAACCAAGGAACAAAUGAGAGUCUUUCAAAAACCUCCUCAAGGUUCUAGGCUUUGUAUUGUUGCAACAAAUGUUGCAGAAACAUCGUUAACUAUACCUGGAGUUAGAUAUGUUGUUGAUUCCGGGAGGUCUAAAGAGCGUAAAUAUAAUGAAUCAAAUGGCGUACAGAGUUUUGAAGUGGGCUGGGUAAGUAAAGCUAGUGCCAAUCAAAGAAGCGGUAGAGCAGGUCGUACUGGACCAGGCCAUUGUUACCGUUUAUAUUCGUCUGCUGUUUUUGAACAUGAUUUCGAACAGUUCUCUAAACCUGAAAUCUUAAGAAUGCCAGUGGAGAGCAUCGUGUUACAAAUGAAGAGCAUGGCCAUUCAUAAUAUCAUUAAUUUUCCAUUUCCAACUCCUCCAGAUAGAGUUGCCCUUUCCAAGGCAAUACAAUUACUGCAAUAUUUAGGUGCUCUUGAUAAUAAGGAGAUGAUUACUGAAGAUGGUAAAAAAAUGAGCCUGUUCCCACUUUCACCCAGAUUUUCCAAAAUGUUACUUGUUUCUGACGAAAAAGCCUGCCUUCCUUAUAUUGUAGCAAUUGUUAGUGCCCUUUCGGUGGGAGAUCCUUUUAUCAAUGAAUUUGAGUUGGGAAUAAACGAAAUUUCUAGAAAACCAAAUCCAGAUGAAAAUCUAGAUGAUAAGAUUAGAGAGCACGAUGAAUCAACACCAGGUAUGGAUCCUGAACUGAAAAAGGAAUUGCGCAGUAAAUUCUAUAAAAGCAGGAGUCAGUUUAGUAAAUUAGACAAAUUUAGUGACGUAUUCCGUUUAUUAAGUGUUGUAAGUGCAAUGGACUACGUUCCAAAGGAACAAAAAGAAAUAUUCAUGAAGAAAAAUUUUUUAAGAGGCAAACUAAUGGAAGAAAUAGUAAAAUUGAGGAAGCAGUUAAUGUAUAUCAUCAAGUCCAACACUUCAAAAGAAAAUAUUGCCGUAGUAAUUAGGAAUGAAGACUUGAAAAGUGAUAUUCCAAGCGUCAUACAAAUAAAACUUUUAAAACAAAUGAUUUGCGCUGGUUUUGUCGACCAUGUUGCCGUAAGAGCAGAUGUUUUAUUUCCAGAUGAUGCUAAGAUAACCAACAGAACUUCCAUAAUCAACAUUCCUUAUAUUCCUGUUUUGGCCACGAGAACACCAAAUAUCGAGGACUGCUUUGUCUAUAUCCAUCCGACUUCAAUUUUAAAUAAUUUGGGGGAAAUGCCACCCAAAUACAUGCUCUAUUAUUCCUUGCACCUUGGUGGAAAUAAUAAAACAAGGAUGAAUACUUUAUGUGACAUCGCAAGCACCCCCUUAGCGAACAUAGCAAGAAAGGGACUUCUUUUGACAUACAGUAAACCUCUGACUGGUCAAGGCUUGAAGACCGUUAAUUUAUCACCUACGGAACGGUAUUGUUAUGUGGUUCCUAGAUUUGGAUCCACAGUUGACAACGAUCUCAAGAUUGGUUGGGAUUUAAAUCCUAUAGCAGUGCAUCAGAAGAAGCAAAAAGGCCAGUGGACAGUCAUUAAGUUUAUCACCAGAAAGGGCUUCCAGACCAUCACAGGUGAAGAGAAAGAAAAAAAAUAA